GGCUCUGCCUGCUCCCUCUCUCUGCUCUGCCGAGACAAAUCAACUCUCUCUGGCUCUGACCCGCCUCCCACCAACCAAUCGCCGGCGACCUCGGCCCCUCGCCAUUGCCGCGCUCCGUCGGCGCUGCUCCCCGCCAAUGCUCCCGAUGCCCGCCGCGUUUCCAUUCUGAUUUUUCUGGUCGCUUGAGGGUGGCGUAGGGUUCCUCCUGUUCUCGCGGCGGCGGGCGGACGACUUCUUGGCUCCGGCGGCUGUCCCAGUCCUGUCCUGUACACUCUGAGGUCCCGAGGACAUCAAGGAUGAUGCUUAGAUGACAUGUGCCCUGUUUCUUGUCCGUGGCUGGUCUGAUAGGAUAGGAAGCCAUGAAGAUCAGCGCGCUCAUGACCUCUGCUGGCAUCAAUAUUGGGAUCUGCGUGCUCUUGUGGUCGCUCUAUUCCGUUCUCAGAAAGCAGCCAGCAUUUGUAAGGGUCUACUUCGGCCGGAGGAUCGCCGAGGAGAAUAGACUGCUCCGAGAGGCCUUCAUCUUGGAGAGGUUUGUUCCAUCCACUGGCUGGAUCGUCAAGGCCCUGCAGUGUACCGAGGAAGAGCUAUUGGCAGCUGCUGGGCUGGAUGCUGUUGCUUUCAAUAGAAUGCUAGUAUUCAGCAUACGCAUCUUUUCCCUAGCUGCCAUCCUGUGUCUUUUUGGAAUUCUUCCAGUGCAUUAUUUUGGACGAAAGAUGCAUCGCCUUGAGAUUUCUUCAGAACAAUUGCAUAUGUUCACAGUUGGUAAUGUGGAAGUGCAAUCAAGAUGGCUUUGGGUUCAUUCUAUAGUCCUCUACAUAAUAUCUGGAGUAGCUUGCUUUCUCCUAUAUGUUGAGUAUAGGCACAUCGCUAGGCUGAGGCUCAUUCACCUUAAACGUGCAACAGUAAAUCCAGGCCAAUUUACUGUGCUUGUUCGCGGAAUACCAAAGACAACAAACGAAUCGUGCAGUACUGACGUCGAUGAUUUCUUCACCAAGUAUCAUCCAUCAAGUUACCUAUUCCAUCAAGUUGUUUACAAGGCUGGGAAAGUUCAGAAGAUAAUCACUGGCGCGAAGAAGGCAUGUGGAAUGUCGGACCCUUCCACAGACACAACUCUAGAUCAGAGCUGUGAGGCAAUUACAUACCCGUGUUCUCUUUGUGGAGCCUCUUCGGAUUCCUUCCGGUUGUUACCGACUGCCGAAGUUGCAAAGAACAUAGAUAACGAGUUCUGGAACUGUUUACAGGAAUGUGCGGCUGCUUUUGUAUUUUUCAAAACUCGGUAUGGAGCACUUGUUGCUUCAGAAGCACUUCAGACUUCGAACCCUACGAACUGGGUAACUGAUCUAGCUCCAGAACCAGAUGAUGUGUAUUGGUCAAACAUUUGGCUUCCUUAUAAGCAGCUUUGGAUUCGACGGAUAGCUACGGUUCUAGGUUCUCUUGUUUUUCUGGUCUCAUUUCUGCUACCAGUGGCAUUUAUUCAAGGUCUAUCCCGGCUUGAUCAGUUGCAGAAGAAGCUUCCUUUCCUUGAUGGGUUAUUGAAGAAGCCAUACAUGAGCCAAAUAAUAACUGGAUACCUUCCGAGCGUCAUACUGCUAUUAUUCCUGUACACCGUUUCGCCAAUAAUGAUACGGUUUUCGACAAUGGAGGGGCCUACAUCUCACAGUGAAAGGAAGAAGAGUGCUUGCUCUAAAGUGCUGUACUUCUACAUUUGGAAUGUGUUCUUUGUUAGUUUAGCAUCUGGUGCUGUCAUAAGCCAAUUGAGCCCUUCUUCGAGCACGAAGGACAUCGCUGUCCGGCUCGCUCAUGUCAUACCUGAGCAGACUACGUUCUUCAUCACCUAUGUUCUGACUUCAGGAUGGGCCAGUUUAUCAUGUGAACUUAUGCAACUCUUUGGCCUGAUCUAUAACUUUAUAAUAAAGUAUGUUCUGAGAAUGAAAGAAGAUAUCGCGUUUGUUCCCACAUUUCCUUAUCACACAGAAAUACCAAAAGUUAUGUUGUUUGGACUAUUGGGCUUCUCGUGCUCUGUACUGGCACCCUUGAUCUUACCUUUUCUGCUAGUCUACUUCUUCCUGGGUUAUGUUGUAUACCGCAAUCAGUUGCUCAAUGUUUACCGCAUGAGAUAUGACAGUGGUGGUUUGUAUUGGCCAAUUGUACACAACACGGUGAUAUUCUCUCUCGUGCUCACCCAGGUCAUCUGCUUCGGUGUAUUUGGCCUAAAAGAAUCACCAGUAGCCGCAGGCUUCACCAUACCUCCGAUCUUCUUUAUUCUUUCAUUCAAUCAGUAUUGUAGAACCCGAUUCCUUCCCCUGUUCAAAACUUUUCCGUCACAGGAUUUAAUCGACUUGGACAGGGAAGACGAAAGGUCAGGGAGAAUGGAACAUAUUCACCACAGACUCCGUUCCGCAUACCGGCAGUUCCCUGGCAAUGAAGAUAUAAAGCUGGAGAAAAUCGUGACCGUCGGGAAUGACGAGGACCAAGAUGAAGGCCCUAGCUCGGGCGAGCCCAACGGAGAAGAAACAUGCGAGGAACAAGAACCCAGCAGAAGGGAUCUGUCUCACCCAACUCUGAAAGGACUCCCUGUUAGCCGUCUGUGGGAUUCCGUGAGAUCCAUUGCUUUCCUCUGGACUGCAGAAAAGAGGUCCGGCGAUAGCGCAUUGAUUAGCGCGUCAAUUAACUAACCUGUCCAUCUGUCCGUCCGCUCGUGUAAAUGUACGUCAGUAUAGGUCAUACAUACAAGUAUAGUACAGCAUGCAUUAGUUAGAAAAUCCAAGUGAAGCAUCAUCAUGGUUGCUGGGGUGCAAUUUUUGUUUUAGGGCCAGCAUUCCAAGUUUGGACAAACAGGAAUUAAGGCCACCCACAAUGCAUAGUAUCAUGGGCUAGUAUCAUAAUAACGCAUGAUACUACUUUAGUUACUGCAUCCACAUUGCAUGAUAUCAUACAUUAGUAUCACAUUAUCACUUGAUAUGUUCAGUUGUGAAACCUCGAUAUGAAAUUGUGGAUAUGAUCUAUUUCUUGCAAACUCUUCUCA